AUGUCAAACUCUCAAUUAGCACCCCUACAUGUCGACAAUGAGUCCGGUCAUCAGGGCGAGAAUAACAACAUAGCGCCCGGUAACGUAGGGCCACCCGCUGGUCCCGUGGGAAUUUCGAUCGCAGAUCCGAUUGAUGUUAAUUCACAUGUGGCGAUCGACGUCAACUUGCCUACCUACCCCGAAAAUAUCAUUCGUGGGACUCAAUAUUCGGAGCUUGGUGGCUUCACACUAACUGAAGCAGAAUCUGAUAGAAUACCACGCCGUUACCUGGGUGGAUGUAUCUCGGCCAACAUCAUUCGAUCAAAGGUCGUGGAACAGCUCGGUCUACGAGACAAAACCGUGCCUGCAGUACGAAUUCUAAACGGGUUCAACAUGGCAUGUGAAACCACGAAGGGAGAGAUAACGUUACCGGUCAAUAUCACCGGAACCAUACGAGAUGCCAAGUUUUAUGUGAUCAAAGGAGACAUGAGGUACAACGCCCUUCACGGAAUGCCGUGGAUCCACAACAUGAGGGUAAUGCCCUCAACUCUUCAUCAAGUGUUAAAAUUCCCAACUCCGGAAGGGAUUAAGACAGUGUACGGGGAACAACCAGCCGCGAAAGAGAAGUUUGCUAUCGAAGAAGUGAUUCCAAUAUCAGUACUCACAACAUCGAAGGAAACAAAUUCGGGCGCAAACCAAAAGGCCAAAUAG